UGACCCUCCAGGACUUUAAAACCCAGUCCUGUAUUUAUUCAUUCUUAUUUAUUUAUCUGAUUUUAUUCACCUAGUCCAUGUAUGAUCACUAAUACAUGUGUUUAUGUGAUCUACUGACAGCUUUGAAGAGUUGACCACGAGAAGAUAGAACCAUUCAGAAUGAAUUGUCCUUACUCCACAGCUGUGCAGUAUUGCCCCGAGCUCCCCUUUCAUCGGUAUAGAGACCCCUCCUCCCGUUUGUCCUGGACAGAGAGUUCCUUCCUGGCCUCCAUAAUGUCACAGAACCAAUCAGAACAGAGCUCUGACAUCCUCAGUCAGGAUGUGUUCAACCAGCUGCUGGAGAUGCUGGACCAGUCUGCGUUCCACUCGUCGCAGCCCAUAGAGUUGAACUUCUCAGACAGCCCAGCAGACGAAGAUGGACCAUCAGGGAACACCAUUCAGAUCAGCAUGGAUUGCAUCACCAUGCAUGAGGGACAGGAACCACUGUCUUCACAGUAUACCAACCUGGGGCUGCUGAACAGCAUGGAUCAAAACAUCCAAAAUGGCGGCUCUACCUCCACCAGUCCCUACAACAACGACCAUGUCCAGAACAACGUGUCCGCUCCUUCACCCUAUGCCCAGCCCAGCUCCACCUUCGACGCCAUGUCCCCCUCCCCGGCUAUCCCCUCCAACACAGACUACGCCGGGACACACACCUUCGAUGUCUCCUUCCAGCAGUCCUCCACAGCCAAGUCUGCCACCUGGACGUACUCUACAGAGCUGAAGAAGCUGUACUGUCAGAUCGCCAAGACGUGUCCCAUCCAGAUCAAGGUGCUGACCAAUCCCCCGCAGGGCGCCGUCAUCAGAGCCAUGCCAGUUUACAAGAAGGCAGAGCACGUCACCGAGGUGGUCAAACGCUGCCCCAACCACGAGCUCAGCCGCGAGUUCAACGACGGUCAGAUAGCCCCUCCCAGUCACCUGAUCCGAGUGGAGGGUAACAGCCACUCCCAGUAUCUGGAGGACUCCAUCACGGGCCGUCAGAGUGUGCUGGUCCCCUACGAGCCCCCCCAGGUGGGCACAGAGUUCACCACCAUACUGUAUAACUUCAUGUGCAACUCCAGCUGUGUAGGAGGCAUGAACCGACGCCCUAUCCUCAUCAUCGUCACCCUGGAAGCCAGAGAUGGUCAGGUGCUGGGUCGGCGCUGCUUCGAGGCCAGGAUCUGUGCGUGUCCUGGUCGGGACCGCAAGGCGGACGAGGACAGCAUCCGCAAGCAGCAUGUUACUGAUGGAACAAAGAGCAGUGAGGGUAUGAAACGCCCCUUCCACCAGGUCUCUCAUGGUAUCCAGAUGUCCUCCAUCAAGAAGAGAAGAUCCACAGAUGAGGAAGUGUUCUGUCUGCCUAUUAAAGGCCGUGAAAUCUAUGAGAUUUUGGUGAAAAUCAAAGAGUCUCUGGAACUCAUGCAGUUUCUGCCUCAGCACACUGUAGAGUCAUACAGGCAACAGCAGCAGAACCUCCUGCAGAAACAUCUGCUUAAAGCCCGGCUACGUUCAGAGCUCCUGGAACCCCUAACGGCAGAGCAGAGGAGACGAUGCAGUACCUCCUGAGACUCACCUCAUCCUCACAUUCCUCCUCCCUUCAGUUUCCUCUGUCCUCGUCCCUUCAGUUCCCUCUGUCCUCGUCCCUUCAGUUCCCUCUGUCCUCGUCCCUUCAGUUCCCUCUGUCCUCGUCCCUUCAGUUCCCUCUGUCCUCGUCCCUUCAGUUCCCUCUGUCCUCGUCCCUUCAGUUCCCUCUGUCCUCGUCCCUUCAGUUCCCUCUGUCCUCGUCCCUUCAGUUCCCUCUGUCCUCGUCCCUUCAGUUUCCUCUGUCCUCGUCCCUUCAGUUCCCUCGCUCCUCAAACCUCAGCCACAAUCAGAUUAGGGGCUCCUCUAUCUUGCUCUCUCUCUCUCCCUCUUUCAGGGCUCUUUCUAAUAUUCUCUCUCCUCCCUCCCUCUAUUUCUACCUCUCUGUCUCUCCUUCCUUCUCUACGAUUCUGCCGCUAUUGAAACUCUCACAUUCUCCAAACAGAGUUAAAUAAACAGAUAAACAGUCUGUUGGUGCUCCAUGUUCAUGAAAUAAAACAUUUUUUUUUUCCUAUUCAUUACUUCUGUAACACAUAUGUUAAAAGUUGAGUCUGUCUGGCAAGUACUCUGCAUACCAGUCUACUGAUAAGAUGCUGUCACAUUAGAAAAGUGAGAUAUUAAGAAGUUUUGCAUGACAGAUUUUUAAAAAAUGUUUUAAAUAAGAAACUUUGUAGCUGUGUGGCAACACCAGUCUCAAACAGCAGAGGGCGCUUUUGAGUUAUUCAAAAUUCAGUUUGUUUCAUUAAAAUGUUUUACAUUUGAGUCCUUUAGCAGACGCUCUUAUCCAGAGCCACUUACAGUAGUGAGUGUAUACAUUUAUUUUAUUUUUUCUCAUAUUGGUCCUACGCGGGAAUCGAACCCACAACCCUGGCGUUGCAACCGCCAUGCUCUACAGCCUGUGUCACACGGGAACCCCAUGGUCAGCGAUUAGGCUAUACAGCACAUAACCUAUAUCCUGUUUAAAGCACCAUUCAUGUCUUUUGUUGCUUUUUAAGUUUGUGUUGCUGAUGGUAAAAAUGACGCUAGUAAUUGAGUUAUGGAUACAGUCUACUUGUAUUGCAGUCCGAACCCGUCCAUAGUAUCCGCCUCUCGGCUGACCUCUCCUCCUAUUGGCUGGGGCUGGUCAGGAACCAGGCACUAGUGUUUUUCUUACAAGACUUCACUUGUCUAUGGAUUGAGCUUUUGUUGUUUUGUCUUUGGAGCUGGACUCAAACCUAACGGUGUGUUCCCCAUGACACCCUAUUCUCUAUAUAAUUACUAUUUUUAACCAGAGCCUUAUGGCAGUCCUAGGUAGAGCCCUGUUGGCAGUCCUAGGUAGAGCCCCGUUGCCAGUCCUAGGUAGAGCCCCGUUGCCAGUCCUAGGUAGAGCCCCGUUGCCAGUCCUAGGUAGAGCCCCGUGGCCAGUCCUAGGUAGAGCCCCGUGGCAGUCCUAGGUAGAGCCCUGUUGGCAGUCCUAGGUAGAGCCCCGUGGCCAGUCCUAGGUAGAGCCCCGUGGCAGUCCUAGGUAGAGCCCCGUGGCAGUCCUAGGUAGAGCCCUGUUGGCAGUCCUAGGUAGAGCCCCGUGGCAGUCCUAGGUAGAGCCUUAUUGGCAGUCCUAGGUAGAGCCCUGUUGGCAGUCCUAGGUAGAGCCCUGUUGGCAGUCCUAGGUAGAGCCCUGUUGGCAGUCCUAGGUAGAGCCCUGUUGGCAGUCCUAGGUAGAGCCCUGUUGGCAGUCCUAGGUAGAGCCCUGUUGGCAGUCCUAGGUAGAGCCCUGUUGGCAGUCCUAGGUAGAGCCCCGUGGCAGUCCUAGGUAGAGCCCCGUGGCAGUCCUAGGUAGAGCCCCGUGGCAGUCCUAGGUAGAGCCCCGUGGCAGUCCUAGGUAGAGCCCCGUGGCAGUCCUAGGUAGAGCCCUGUUGGCAGUCCUAGGUAGAGCCCUGUUGGCAGGCCUAGGUAGAGCCCCGUGGCAGUCCUAGGUAGAGCCCCGUGGCAGUCCUAGGUAGAGCCCCGUGGCAGUCCUAGGUAGAGCCCCGUGGCAGUCCUAGGUAGAGCCCCGUGGCAGUCCUAGGUAGAGCCCUGUUGGCAGUCCUAGGUAGAGCCCCGUGGCAGUCCUAGGUAGAGCCCCGUUGGCAGUCCUAGGUAGAGCCCCGUGGCAGUCCUAGGUAGAGCCCCGUGGCAGUCCUAGGUAGAGCCCUGUUGGCAGUCCUAGGUAGAGCCCUGGUGGCAGUCCUAGGUAGAGCCCUGUUGGCAGUCCUGGGUAGAGCCCUGUUGGCAGUCCUGGGUAGAGCCCUGUGGCAGUCCUAGGUAGAGCACCGUGGCAGUCCUAGGUAGAGCACCGUGGCAGUCCUAGGUAGAGCACCGUGGCAGUCCUAGGUAGAGCACCGUGGCAGUCCUAGGUAGAGCACCGUGGCAGUCCUAGGUAGAGCCCCGUGGAUCCUGGUCAAAAGUAGUUCAUAACAAAAGGAAUAGGGUGCCAUUUGGGACUCAGUAGUGUUAUGGGGAGAGAUGCCAUUUGGGACUCAGUAGUGUUAUGGGGAGAGGUGCCAUUUGGGGCUCAGUAGUGUUACGGGGAGAGAUGCCAUUUGGGGCUCAGUAGUGUUAUGGGGAGAGGUGCCAUUUGCGAGGCACAUCAGUAGUGUUAUGGGGAGAGAUGCCAUUUGGGACUCAGUAGUGUUACGGGGAGAGGUGCCAUUUGGGAGGCACAUCAGUAGUGUUAUGGGGAGAGGUGCCAUUUGGGGCUCAGUAGUGUUACGGGGAGAGAUGCCAUUUGGGACUCAGUAGUGUUAUGGGGAGAGGUGCCAUUUGGGAGGCACAUCAGUAGUGUUAUGGGGAGAGGUGCCAUUUGGGACUCAGUAGUGUUAUGGGGAGAGGUGCC